AUGAUUCCUAUGGUUUCUUCCCACAAAACACAUGAGAAAACCACAACUAAACUGAUUGUAAAUAAUACACAAAAAAUCAACCAAACAAUAAUCUAUUCGAAACCUUCAGACAUGCCAUUGAACAAAGCUCCAACAUCAAAAAUUUCCAAGAGAAGAAAGAUGCGAACUAACCACACUACAUCCCUUCCAGAACUCAACACUCUUCUUUCCAAUCUAACCAUCACAACCUCCUCACUUAUUCGAAACUCCACAAACGAAACUUCCCAACAUGCAUCACCAACACAUGCCCCACAUGUUCCUCAUCACACCCUGAACCAAUCAACCAGCCACUCCCUUCCACUCACUCAAACUUUAUCCACUCUCUCCCAGACCUCACAACAUGCAACACAUCUCAAAAAUUUUUGUUUCAGUAAAAUUUCAGAAUUCAAAUCGAGCGGUGGAGCCACAACAGCAGGAGAUGUCGAAAUGUGCAUGGAGGAGGUUACAUUUGAGAUGGUUCAGGAAUUAUAUGAGAAAAUGAUGAGGGUUCAGGAAGAGUUGGCUGAUGCAUUGUUGGAGAUUGAGGAAAUGAGACGGGAAGAGAUUAGGAUAGAAAUUGGAAGAAUGGUUUCGAAUGUGGUGGAGAAUGGAAAUUAA